AUGAGCGGCACCAAGUACGAGAAGCAGUCGCUCUACUACGCCGGCAAGCGCCAAGAGACCAACGACACCUUCCAGAACAUCGAUCCAUCAACAAAUCAAUCCAUCGCCGACGUUUGUACAGCAGACAAGGCUAGCAUCGACGCCGCUGUCAAGUCUGCCAAACAUGCCUUCCCCAAGUGGUCAGCCAUGCCACCCAUGGAGCGCUCGAGAAUCUUGCUGCGAGCGGUCUCCAUCCUCAGACAAAGGAACGACGAACUCGCCAAGAUCGAAACGCAUGACACCGGCAAGGCAUUCUCCGAAACGAGCACGGUCGAUGUCGUUACUGGAGCUGAUGUUCUGGAGUACUACGCCAACCUGAUCGCAUCGGGUGGGCUCAAUGGCGAGACGACACAACUUCGGCCCGAUGCUUGGGUAUACACCACCAAGGCUCCUCUUGGAGUCUGCGCAGGCAUCGGAGCUUGGAACUACCCCAUCCAGAUCGCGCUUUGGAAGUCGGCGCCGUGUCUGGCAGCAGGAAACUGCAUGGUCUACAAGCCGUCGGAAUUCACUCCUCUCCAUGCCCUCAAGCUCGCUGAGAUCUAUACGGAAGCCGGCGUGCCUCCCGGCGUCUUCAACGUGGUCCAGGGCGCAGGCGAUGUAGGUGCAAUGCUCACAUCGCAUCCGGGCAUUGCCAAAGUCUCCUUCACGGGACAGGUCUCCACAGGGUGCAAGGUUGCGGGUUCUGCUGCAGGCGGCAUGAAGUACGUGACCAUGGAGCUCGGUGGCAAAUCUCCUUGUGUGAUCCUUCCAGACGCAGUGCUCGAAAACGCCGUAGAUGGCGCGAUGAUGGCAAACUUCUUCUCGACUGGCCAGGUAUGCACAAACGGCACAAGGGUCUUCGUUCCCAAGUCGACAAAGGAGGCUUUUGAGAAGCAAUUGUUGGAGAAGAUGGAAUACAUUCGGCCGGGAGACCUCUUCGACCCAAACACCAACUUCGGACCUCUAGUCAGCAAAGUCCACUACGAGAAAGUGGUGCGGUAUAUCAAGCACGGCAUCGAAACAGACAAAGCCAAGCUCAUCUAUGGAGGUCUCGGCCAACCAACUCUCCCGCAAGGCGCUUCAUCAGACGGCUACUGGGUCAAGCCGACUGUGUUUACCGACUGCACAGACGAGAUGCUCAUCUCGACUGAUGAGAUCUUUGGGCCCGUCAUGUGUAUUCUGCCCUACGACGACGAGGACCCCAACUGGGUGGACAACCUCGUUGCUCGAGCAAACAACACUCAGAUGGGCCUCGCAGCUGGUGUCUUCACCUCGAAUAUCGAUCUUGGACACAAGAUUGUCUCCAGACUCGAAGCGGGAAUCACCUGGGUCAACACGUGGGGCGAGUCGCCUGCCGAGAUGCCCGUGGGUGGAUGGAAGAUGAGUGGCCUGGGUACCGAGAAUGGCCGGCGAAGCUUGGACAACUGGAUACAGAACAAGAGCACGCUGGUGGAGAUGGGCGGCGCAGUGGCGACGGCUUUUCCCAAGCUGUAG